AUGAUUGCUGCUCUCCGAUCUGGGGAUAUUGACGUGGGAAUAGGCCUCACUGAAGCUUGGAUUGCUGGUCUAGGGAAUCCCAAUGUCGAAGGCGACGGCGGCUACCGCAUUGUCGGGACAUAUGUGGAGACACCCCUUUGCUGGGCUGUUUCGACGGGAUAUGACCGUGCCGACAUAACUUCCGUCACCUCUCUACAUGGGAAAAAAAUCGGUGUUUCUCGCAUGGGCUCAGGAAGCUUCGUCAUGGGCACCGUGCUCGCCGAUAAACAGGGUUGGCUGAAUGGCUCCAACAGCGAGCCAUUUUCUGACACAGUCGUACUCAACACGUUUGAAAACCUGAGAAAUGCCGUGAACUCGGGAAGUGCCGACUUCUUCAUGUGGGAGCAUUUCACGUCCAAGAAAUACUAUGACAGCAAUGAAAUUAGAAAGAUUGGCGAGAUCUACACCCCAUGGAGCAGCUGGAAAAUUGUUGCUUCAACUCCUCUUGUCGCCAACGGUGUUAUUGACUCCCGCCUAGAGGAUUUCUUUUCGAAGCUCGAUGCCGGCAUUUCUUACUUCAUAACAAAUCCAGAGGAAGCUGUGCAUUACAUCAGCACAUCGCUCGACUACUCCGAGGAGGAUGCUCGGGCAUGGUUAAAAACGGUCAGGUUUCCAACAGCAACCCGCGGCGUGAACUUGAAAACUGUCGAUGGAUGCAUUGAAGUUCUUCGAAAAGCUGGCGUUCUUGUAAAUAAUAAAGGUUUUGAUGCAAGUGCCAUGCUGGCAUAG